AUGUCCACUCCCAGUCCCACUCCGCAUCCCCGCAUCGGCGUAGGGAUCUUCCUCCUGCACCCCACCCAUCCCCUGUCCACGCCCGUCACCCCCAUCUUCCUCAUGGGCCAACGACUCGGUUCACACGGUGCAGGCAUGUGGGCUCAUCCGGGAGGUCAUCUUGAAUUCGGCGAGGAGCUUGAAGAAUGCGCUAUACGAGAAGUGGAAGAGGAAACAGGAUUGUGUUUGAGGAGGGAAGAUGUACGUUUUUUGACGGCAACGAAUAGUGUUAUGGAGGGAGAUGGGAAAGAGGGGAAGAAGGAAAGGAAACAUUACGUGACGAUUUGGAUGGUGGGGAGAUGGGAUGGGAAAGGAGAGGGGCCGAGGAAUUUGGAGCCGGAGAAGUGCGCGGGCUGGGAAUGGGUGCGGUGGGAAGAUAUGAAAGGAUAUGGAGAGGAAAGUGGGGAGAGGAAAUUAUUUCAGCCUGUGAGCGAUCUUUUGAGGACUAGGGGGGAGGUGUUACCUCCUAGUUUUGAGUGA